AUAAAAAUGGCAGUUACUAAAGUCAUAUUUUGUUAUUUAUUCUUUUCCUAUCUCUCUCUUGUCUCUCUCUCUCUCUCUCUCUCUCUCUCUCUCUCUCUUUGUAUCCAUUCAUUUCAUCUCAUACUUCUAAGAAACAAACUCUGCUUUGUGCUCCUUAUGCAGUUUAGUGCAAUAUAGGUUUGUUCUCACCCAGAUUAUUUUCUUCUCCCAGUUUAGGAACUAUUGCUGGUAGAUAGCUUAUUUGCUAGAGCUUUGACCAUCAAUAACACUGGACACAGUGUUUGGGAUUAUAUUGUCUCCCACAGAAUUCGGUGCCCUUUCCCCUUUGUCUAUUCCCUUUAAUAGGACCCUCUUUACUUAAGUGGUGUUUGCAGGUAGAUUGUGUCCCUUCAGGAUGUUGCUACUGUUAAUCUCUGUAUUCAGAAGAAGUAUAGUUUUAAGUGGUUGUACUAAGAAAAGAUCUAGACGAGCUUUUUAGACCAUGCUGUAGAGAGCUGGCUUGGAGUAUUGGGUUUGAGACAAAGGAUGGGUUGUUUUAGUUAAGGAUGCAAGCUUGGUCCUAUCACAUGAUGUUAGGUAACCAAUAAGAAGUCUAGUUGGAAGGAAGGGUAAUGUGGGUCUGGACAGUUUGAUAAAACUUUGAAACUUUAAGUUUCCAGCUCAUUCUCUGCCCAGCUGCCAUUGCUUCGAACACUGCCCUGUAUAUAUUCAAUCUCCAUGUUGGAGCAUGUGCUACUAAAUAUAUCUGUAGCCUCUACCUGAUUUUCUUCUUCAAAAUAUAUAUAUAUAUAUAUACAAAACGUAUAUAUCAACUUUACCUUCUUCAAGUUUCUCUAAGUUUUGAGAGAGUUUCCUGUAUUAUAUUUGAUUGGGCAUUUCAUCCAACUUCAACCUUUAUGAGUUGCAUGGUUAUCAUCCCAGUUCCUGAUUUUAUAUUGCAAGCAAGUGUUGGCUCUUUUACUAGGGUCUUUUAAUUGAUGAAUCUCAUCGAGCUUCAAGCUAUCGUUCGACCUGUUCUUGUUUUCUGCGUGCUGCGACGUCCUCUUCGACGACACAGAGACGCCGGAUAUUGAUCGACCGCGUAUCGCGAGCGAGCUUAUGAACAUUUAAUAAUUUGGUCACUUAAAUAUUUAGAUAACAGCUGUUCUAGUUAUAAGUUAUAAUACCUUAUAAUGUUAUAGAUGUAAGAUGUGGAAGUUUUGUUUAUUUCAAUGUUUACUUGAUUUGCAGUUGUUAUUGACAACGAGCUAAUAAAGGCAUUGCCAGGUUAUUUUGUUAAAACGUAACCUCAAGUGUGAUUUCUUUAUUUAUGGACCUGGGAAAUUGUGACAUUCGGGUUACAUAAAUUGGGGGCUUGUCCGGGAACUAAAUUUGCAUAUAUGCAUAAUUAAUAUUCCUUAUUUGAUAGAUACUUUAUAAUUACCUUGUAAUUAAUUAAUAUUCUCCGAUUAUUAAGUUUUAAUUGCUAGUGUAAGCAAUUAGUAUUAUACAUUGUUGAAGGCAUUGUACAUGUCUUUGUCAUUAUAGUUAAGAGUUUAAGAGCCAACACUUGCACAAGUUAGUAGAAGCAAUGGCAGCGAACAGUUUGAAAGAAUUUGGGCAGGAGUGGUGCAAGGAGGAGGGAAUAACGGCAGAUAAUGCCCUCCUACUUGUGACACCAACUAUGGCAAUGCCUGAUGAGGUAUUUGCCCUGGCAAUUUCGGAUCGAUUUCCCACGUUAAGUGGCAUACUCAGAAAGAAUGAGCCAACUAAUAAUGAAACAUUGAUACUUUGUAUGUUUGAGGGAGCCUCUCCCGUUGUAGGUGUAGGGAGGGAGAUACACAUUUCCGUAGAUGGAGACACUGUGUGCCAUGUAGUUAGGUUAGAAGAGAGCGACCCCUCCAAAGUAGGUAGGAUAACCAUUAAGGACCUGAAGGAUAGUGGGUUGGUAGACGAAUGGAUGAAAGCUAAGGGGGCCACAGUGCUUAAGGAAGAGGUUUCCAAGAAAGAAAAUGUUUCCCGUAGCCAUAGCCCAGCCACAAAUUACUCAGAUCGGGAAGUCCCUUCAUUGUCUGCGUCAUUAUCAAAAUGCGCGCUUACAAUAAAUUACAGACAAUUGCGCUGUUUCUCAGGAGCGAGGAACCCCGCGCGCGAUGAGGACACAUAUCCUUUGUGGAUAGAGCACGUUGAGGGCCAGAUGGAUGAGUGGCGGGAUCUUGGAGACGGCGAGUGCCGAAAGCGCAUUCGCGAGGCGCUGCGCCCUCCUGCGUCGAGCAUCAUUACUGACCUCCGUCGUGAGUUUCCCCAAGCGGACUCAUAUGAGUACCUCAAGGCUUUAGAUUUGGCCUACGGGGAUACAAACACUGAUGAUGAGCUGUUCGUCAAAUUCCAUAACACCACACAGCUCGAGGGCGAGCGACCCUCUGAGUAUCUUUCUCGCCUGCAGGAGAUACUGAGACAGGUAGUGAGGCGUGGAGUAAUCAAGCCGGCAGACUCCAAUCGGGUAAGAUUGAAACGGUUUAUCAGGGGCGUCUUGUAUAAUGAGAUGCUCCUGGUCAAGUUACAUCUCCGUGAUAAAUUAAUCCACCCUCCUUCAUUUCUGCAGUUAUUAUCCUCUGUAAGGAAGCAGGAGGUAGAAGACUCCAUGAAGGCCAGCCUCACUCGGCCGAAACAAAGAGUAGACCAAGGUAAGCGUGCCGCUGCACAUAACUGUGUGGAGGCCCCAGUUCAAAUUUCCCGGGCUUCUACCCCCUCUGAAUCCACCCCUCCCAAGCAGACUCCUCCCAGGUCGCACAGCAACACAUCUGAGGUCAUUUGCUUCAAGUGUGGGGAGGUAGGGCAUAUUAGUAAAAUAUGCAACAGCCCAGCUGCCCCUGAAAUUAUCAGCAAGAAGUUGAUCCAGUUCAUUUCUAGGCAAGCAGGAAAACGCCAAAGGACGCCAGGUAAGGAGAGACCAGGAGUCCACCUAAGUACUGCACCCCAACAAGUAUGCGAUGUUCCUCCAGGACUGGUUGGGGACAGUAUCACCCAAAAGUGCUGGGUGGAUGGGAUAGAGACUACUUCCCUCAUAGAUAGCGGCUCUCAGGUCACACUCAUUCAAAAGAGCUUAUUUGCUAAGCUAGAUCGAGAGUUGCAUCCUAUGAGGGAUCUAGUGCUCUAUCAUGGCGGUGACGGAACUCUACCUUACUUAGGCUAUGCCUAUGUUAAUAUUGGAUUUGAAAAGACCUUUAGCGGGACAGGAACCCAGUUCAGUACUCUAGCCCUAGUAGUGCCGGAUGCUCAGCAUCAAAGAACCCAUUCAGUGGUUAUAGGGACAAAUUCCGGUCUUUUCCGAAAUUGCUUUGAGUCCUGUAAGAGGUUAGCUGGGGUUCGAUUUGCACAAACUUUGCAAAUCAGUCCUGUGUGUAAGGAUAUCUAUUCUUCUCUCUCUAAGAAACAGACACUCCCCGCCGACGGUAAACUCGGCACCAUCAGAUCAAGAAAGAAACAUGAAAUUCAUAUUCCACCUCAUAGCAGUCAUACCAUAAUAGGUCAAUGUAGAAACACACUCCGAGCACCAGCGACUGCGGUCAUUGAGUCACAUUCCCCAACUAGGUUAGCAAAGGGCUUAGAAGUGAUACCCUCGGUGGUUGACGUCCCUGGGGAAGCCUUUUGUAAGGUCGAAGUUCUACUUGUCAAUAAGAGCUCAAAGCAAAUCACCAUCCCUGGGAACUGCCCACUGGCUGAUCUAUUCAUCCCAGAGUGGUGCCGCCAACCUCCCAAUCAGGGUUCUACUAAUGCCAUCCAUGCAUCAUCUUCUGCUACCAGCGCAGAAAUGGGCACCACCAUUCCACAUGAUAUCGAUGUUGCGGACCUCCCUAUCAGUUGGGGCCCCAUAACCCCUGAAUGGAAGGAACGCCUUCUACAUCAGUGUAGGCGGAGGAAAACUGUGUUCUCCAGGCAUGACUUUGACCUGGGAUGUUCUGCCUAUGCUGAACAUCAGAUCAACGUCAACGACAGCACGCCAUUCAGGGAGAGAUCUAGGAGGGUAGCCCCUUCAGACUUGAAGGAUCUGCAACAACAUCUGCAGCAGCUACUUGACCACAAAGUAAUCAAAGAGUCUCGAAGUCCAUACGCUUCUCCAAUUGUUCUUGUUCGCAAGAAAAAUGGGAGUUUGAGAAUGUGCGUAGACUACCGCACCCUCAAUUCACGCACAAUUCCUGACCAGUAUGCAGUCCCUCUGAUUCAGGAGGCCAUUGAUUGCCUUAAUGGAAACAAAUGGUUCUCGGUGAUAGACCUGAAGUCAGGUUUUUACCAGAUCCCCAUGCGUGAAGAGGACAAAGAAAAGACAGCCUUCAUCUGUCCUCUAGGUUUCUACCAGUUCGAGCGCAUGCCCCAGGGUGUGAAAGGGGCACCGGCCACUUUCCAACGUUUGAUGGAGAAGUGCAUGUCAGGUUUAAACAUGAUGGAGGUGCUUGUGUACAUGGACGACCUCAUCAUUUUCUCUAAAACGCUGGAAGAGAUGGAGGAGCGCCUGGGUAGAGUGCUUGAUCGGAUGCAUGAAUUUGGCUUGAAGGCAUCCCCUGAGAAGUGUCAAUUCUGUUGUGAGUCGGUCAAGUAUCUAGGUCAUGUAGUCUCGGCAGAGGGAGUACAGACAGACCCAGACAAGGUAGCAGACCUCGCAACGUGGCCUAGACCAGAAACUAUCAGGCAAGUGAAGUCUUUCUUAGGAUUUGCAGGAUACUAUCGGCGAUUCAUCAAGGACUACUCCAAGAUAUCACGCCCACUUAAUGUUCUCACUAUUGGGUGUGUAUACCCAAAGAAGAGAGGGCAGCCACCUCCAAAGAGGCAGCCUGACCCUAAUGCCAGACGAGCUAAUGAUUCCAUUAGUGACCUCUGGACAAGUGAGUGUGAGGAUGCGUUCCAAACACUCAAGAAACUACUUGUUUCUGCCCCAGUGCUUGCCUUCGCAGACCUGUCACAACCCUUUGUUUUGCAUGUUGAUGCGAGUCGUGACGGUCUGGGUGGCGUCCUAUACCAGGAGCAUGAAGGGAAGCUCCGCCCAGUUGCAUACGGCAGCCGAGGCUUAUCAGCAAGUGAGAAGAACUACCCGGCACACAAGCUGGAGUUCUUAGCCCUUAAGUGGGCAGUUACAGACAAGUUCCGGGACUAUUUGUACGGAGCUAAGGGUACACGGAUUAUGACAGAUAAUAAUCCGCUUACUUAUAUACUAAGCUCAGCCAAACUCGAUGCCACAGGCCAUCGGUGGUUGGCUGCACUUUCAUGCUUCGACUUCUCUAUCCACUAUAAGCCAGGUAAGGCAAAUAUUGAGGCUGACGCAUUGUCACGCAAGCCUCAAAACCCUGCCUUGGAUGAGGAAUACGAACAGCGCCAAAAGUGGAAGCUAAGUGACCUGGAGGCACGGCUCAGGGAUGAUGUCGAUGUAACCUGCCCUCAGGAAGCCAUAAGUGCCCUGUACCAGCGGUACGACGCUGUCCCCAAGACGGAAGUAAGUACCACGCCUCGGGUCACCCAUAAGCAUGGACCUAUGAUAGAGACCCUUUGUGCUAGUGCCGAGUCCAUUCCUAGUCUGUAUGCAAAAGGCUCAGACCUGAACAAGGUAGACUGGUCUCAGGCACAAAAAGCAGACCAAAUCGUGAACCUGGUCCGGAGUCAUGUGGAGCAAGGUAAGAAGCCUUCUUCGUUGGAUGGUGUACAUCAUGAUGCUAAGCUCAUGCUCCGUGAAUUUGAUAGGCUCGUGCUGAGGCAAGGCAUCCUCUAUAGGUCUUUCUUAGAUUCUCUCGGGAAGACUCAUUAUCAGCUCGUCUUGCCCUCAAGUAGCCGGAGGCAAGCUAUGAGAGGCAUUCAUGAUGAGGUGGGUCAUCUCGGCAUCGAGAGAUCGAUAGCCUUUGCUAGGGACAGGUUCUACUGGCCCAAAAUGAGUGCCGAAAUAACAGAGUGGGUGAAGCACUGUCCCCGUUGCGUGGCAAGAAAAUCACAUCAGCACCCAUCAGCACCACUGGUUAGUAUCAAGACGACGAGUCCGUUGGAGCUGGUCUGCAUGGACUUUCUGUCCUUAGAGCCAGACCGCUCUAACAAAAAGUCAAUACUAGUGGUAACUGACCACUACACUCGCUAUGCGCAAGCUUUCCCAACAAAAGACCAAACCGCUAAGACUGUGGCUAAGGUCUUAUGGGAGAACUUUUUCGUACAUUAUGGCCUGCCUCAACGCCUUCACUCCGAUCAGGGCAGAGACUUUGAGAGCAAAGUCAUAUAUGAACUGACCAGGCUCCUUGGAGUCCAAAAGUCAAGGACCACCCCAUAUCAUCCUCAAGGUGACCCCCAACCCGAAAGGUUCAACCGAACUUUACUAGGUAUGCUAGGGACCCUUGAGGAAGAGAAGAAACAAAACUGGAGCAAGUACGUAAGUGCAUUAGUGCAUGCGUACAAUUGCUCAAAGCAUGAUAGCACUGGUUUUUCCCCAUACCUGUUGAUGUUUGGUAGGGAAGCUAGACUGCCUGUUGAUUUGCGCUUUGGCACGAGUCCGGACAACCAUAGUGGCACGGAUCACGUUCAGUAUGUCCAGGGACUUCGUGAACAACUCGCUCGUGCUUACAAGCUUGCAUCUGAGGCGUCAGAUAAGUCGGCCGAGGCCAACAAGAGAAGGUAUGAUGCUAAGGUGCGAGAAAAUGAUCUCCAGACAGGAGACAGAGUGCUUGUGAGAAAUGUCGGUCUGACUGGCAAGCAUAAGCUAGCCGACAAGUGGUUUCGAGAGCCACAAAUUGUUGUACGGCGUAUCAACCCAGACAUGCCUGUUUAUAAGGUAAAGCCGGAGAAUGGAGAAGGUCGAGAACGUACCCUCCAUAGAAAUCUCCUCCUGCCAAUAGAGUAUUUUAAUGAGACCGUUUCCCCUAAUGUGGAAAGAGUCCGUAAAGGUCCAUCACAUCGGACUAGAUCCAAACAGGUUCUAGCCGCCGAACUGAGUCACUCAAGUGAUGAACCUGUCUCGGAUGAUGAGGGUGUCGCUCUGCUUUUCCCAGAGAUGCCAAUGUCCCAACUCAAUACCCUACCUGCCCCUGGCCUCCGUGUGGAUGCCCCUGAGUUUGUCCCAGAUAGGGUAAGGCCCAUUCCUGAGAUCCCAUCCCCAAUUAUAGUGGAAGAUGGAAGUGAUGAAGGAAGUAUCCGAGAUGGCAGUCCAGCACUAAGUAUGAUUGAACCUAUGUCCCUAGAAAGUGAUGAAGAAGUAUUAUUUCCCUUGAAUGAAUUUCCUGAACUGAUAGAGCCCCAACAAAGGACCGAGGAAGUAGGUUAUGGGGACCAGAUUCUGAGGAGGGAGAAUAUGGAUAGCGAAGAGAUGGGUGCUGACCCCGUCGACCAAAUGGGUAAUAUAUCUCUUGAGAAUCCCUUUGUGUCUAUCGAUGUACCUGGUGUCUUACCAGGCACCGAACCUAGUGCUACAGACGCAGAUUCUGAGCCGCAAUCCAUCCGACGCUCAACUCGCUCUUCCAAGCCGCCGCAGCGCAUGGUAUAUCGUGAUUUGGGCGAUCCUACGACACGAUCAGCUACCUCCUCUGGGUUAUUUGCUAGGUUAAGGCUGAAGAUUUUUGGAUUUUAAUUGGACUAACUUUUACCUUUUAGUUAUGUUCCCGGAGAGAACAGGGUUUGAGGAGGGAGGAUGUAACCCCCAUAAAAAUGGCAGUUACUAAAGUCAUAUUUUGUUAUUUAUUCUUUUCCUAUCUCUCUCUUGUCUCUCUCUCUCUCUCUCUCUCUCUCUCUCUCUCUCUUUGUAUCCAUUCAUUUCAUCUCAUACUUCUAAGAAACAAACUCUGCUUUGUGCUCCUUAUGCAGUUUAGUGCAAUAUAGGUUUGUUCUCACCCAGAUUAUUUUCUUCUCCCAGUUUAGGAACUAUUGCUGGUAGAUAGCUUAUUUGCUAGAGCUUUGACCAUCAAUAACACUGGACACAGUGUUUGGGAUUAUAUUGUCUCCCACAGAAUUCGGUGCCCUUUCCCCUUUGUCUAUUCCCUUUAAUAGGACCCUCUUUACUUAAGUGGUGUUUGCAGGUAGAUUGUGUCCCUUCAGGAUGUUGCUACUGUUAAUCUCUGUAUUCAGAAGAAGUAUAGUUUUAAGUGGUUGUACUAAGAAAAGAUCUAGACGAGCUUUUUAGACCAUGCUGUAGAGAGCUGGCUUGGAGUAUUGGGUUUGAGACAAAGGAUGGGUUGUUUUAGUUAAGGAUGCAAGCUUGGUCCUAUCACAUGAUGUUAGGUAACCAAUAAGAAGUCUAGUUGGAAGGAAGGGUAAUGUGGGUCUGGACAGUUUGAUAAAACUUUGAAACUUUAAGUUUCCAGCUCAUUCUCUGCCCAGCUGCCAUUGCUUCGAACACUGCCCUGUAUAUAUUCAAUCUCCAUGUUGGAGCAUGUGCUACUAAAUAUAUCUGUAGCCUCUACCUGAUUUUCUUCUUCAAAAUAUAUAUAUAUAUAUAUACAAAACGUAUAUAUCAACUUUACCUUCUUCAAGUUUCUCUAAGUUUUGAGAGAGUUUCCUGUAUUAUAUUUGAUUGGGCAUUUCAUCCAACUUCAACCUUUAUGAGUUGCAUGGUUAUCAUCCCAGUUCCUGAUUUUAUAUUGCAAGCAAGUGUUGGCUCUUUUACUAGGUAAGAACACUAUAUUUUGCUAUGUAUGUUUUCAUUACUCUGUUGUAUGAAGUGUGUAUAUCAUGAUGAUAUCUAUAUUUUGCUUGUAUGACUCUGAGUGUAGUUUGAGACUGUAGCAUACAUUAUAUAACCUUUUUAAUUCAGAUGUGUGUUAUACAAGAUUGAUUCUUUCUGCUGAUCAAACAAUUCAGUUAAAUGAGAAGAAAAGAUUAUUAUGGGAGAUUAUUUUGCAGUUAUUAUACUGCAUAGCAUGCAAGCCCUAAAAUAGCCCAUGCUGAAAGAUAAUUGGCUUUUAUUUAGGGUAAUGGCAACUCGUGCUAGAGGUCAUUGAACUCUCACUAAAUUUGGUGGUUUGAGAUACUUGGUUGUAGAUAAGAUUUACUAACCUUAUCUACUGAUUUACUGGUAAUGUGUAUUUGCUGUUCAUUAUGGUUAUGCGCAGCGUGGAGCAUUAUUAUGCAUAUUCAUUUGCUGGACUUUUCCAUUAAUUGUAAAAGUCAAAUGUUAUUUUGGCAAAUUCUAAAUCAAGCGAUAUGGUCAGGUCAAUCAGAUAGAUCGAGCUAUCUAUCUGUGGCAUCCCUAUCGCAUUCAUUAUAGCUCAUAAUGAUAUGAAUGAAAACUCUACUGAACAGUUGGUGCAUUAUGCUAUCUUCAUUGCAUGCAAUUAUUGUGAUGUAUACAUAUUUUAUUUAUAUUUACUAACGUGGUAUAAGUGCUAUUUUGAAAAGGAUUGUAUCAUGUUAAUCAUGAAUUAAACUAAGUUAUAAGUAUAACUGAGUAAAUUAAGUUGACAGAAUCGCAUUGAUUCUUCCAAAGUUAAUUAGAUAAAUCAAGAGGCAAACUGUCAUUCUUUUCUAAAUUUAAUCUAUUGAGGGACGAGCUUGUUAUAUAUAUAUAUAUAUAUAUAUAUAUUUAUCUUUCCCUCUCUUAAGGAAUGUUUUAUUAGAAGAGUUCUGUUUAUUAUGCUCUUUUACUAGGGUCUUUUAAUUGAUGAAUCUCAUCGAGCUUCAAGCUAUCGUUCGACCUGUUCUUGUUUUCUGCGUGCUGCGACGUCCUCUUCGACGACACAGAGACGCCGGAUAUUGAUCGACCGCGUAUCGCGAGCGAGCUUAUGAACAUUUAAUAAUUUGGUCACUUAAAUAUUUAGAUAACAGCUGUUCUAGUUAUAAGUUAUAAUACCUUAUAAUGUUAUAGAUGUAAGAUGUGGAAGUUUUGUUUAUUUCAAUGUUUACUUGAUUUGCAGUUGUUAUUGACAACGAGCUAAUAAAGGCAUUGCCAGGUUAUUUUGUUAAAACGUAA